UUCGUGUCCAUCGUUGUAGCAUUUCCGUCCAGCCAAGCUAAGCUUCACCUGUGGCGAACACCUGACAAAAAAAUAAAAAUAGAAAAAAGAAAAGCUAAGCUUCAGUGCCAUGCCUGCAACGCCUUUCUCGUGUUCGUUCCUCACGCUGCAACCGCGCUUCAAUUCCUACGUUAACCCUAUCUUCCGUUCCCUCAGCUUCCAACUCUCUUCUUCGCCGCUCUCAUUCAAUGCUAACUUCUCCAGCGUCAGACUCCACUCUUCGCUUUCGCGAGCGGCGGAGACCGAUUCUCCGACCGGCGGAAGGUCCGGCGCAUUAACUCCCGGUCCCGCCGUCGCCGGCGACGUUCAGAAGAUCGACGUGAAUCCUCCGAAGGGGACGCGUGACUUCCCGCCCGAGGACAUGCGCUUGCGCAACUGGCUCUUCAACCAUUUCAAAGAGGUUUCGCGGUUGUAUGGAUUUGAGGAGGUUGAUUAUCCGGUGCUUGAGUCGGAGGCAUUGUUCACUAGGAAAGCAGGAGAGGAGAUUAAGGACCAGGUAACUCUUUCGCGUCAUCGUUUUUUGUUUAUACUUUAUACUCUCUUUGACAUGUUGAGUGAGUAUAUAUACAUAUGCGUAAUGAUACAUUUAUAGUUUAUAGCCUAUGGAAUA